AUGGGCCAAGGACCUGGCAAGGAGUGGGAAGUCGAAGAGAUACUGGAUGCCAAGAUACGCUACCGCAGCAUUUGGUUCUUUGUGCGGUGGAAAGGCUACGAUCUAUCCCACGACCAGUGGGUCAAGCACUCUGAUAUCUUUGCAGAGGACACUGUAGCGGAAUUCUACCGCAAGAACCCUGGCAAACCAUGUGUCAUCGCCGCUGCCGUCUUCGACUCCCUCCGUUUCCAGCACCCCUCUGCCACCAUCCGCACGUUGCGUCGAGGCGCCGCAAUCCAAGGGGGGGGGUGA